AAAAAACUUGCCACAGAAACUACUUUAAGAGCUCACUACUUGUACAAUGAGCCAUCUAACUUCUCUUUGCAAUUAAAGCCCACCUCAUAAAUUAAAGUCGUUUUGUAACUAGAUUUAUUUAUUUUUUUUGUUUUUUUUUUUUCUUUUAAACACACAUUUCUCAAUAUUUCUAAAUCGAAAUCUUGGCUGUCACCGUGUCACAGGUUCCGGUAACUGCGUGAAAUCACGAGCAUCAUUAAUGUAAAACGCGCGGAAAAGAAACAUAUAUUGUAUAUCCAUGACUUACAUUUUGCAAUUUCUUAUAUCGGUACAUGUUCCUGUAUCAUAUUUCAUCGCAAUCGCAAACUACGGAAGAGCCGCACUUUAUUCACGUUGUUCAGUUUUAAAUUACAAUACAGAAAUGAGUGUAUAAUGCAUAAAAUAUGGACAAAGGUUCUGCAAUUCAAUGCGACACUUCGAAAAACUGUGCUUUUUGCAUUGUUCUGUUCGAUUAAAUUGCAUUCACAGACAUUUGUCAAUGGCGCCUUUUCCGCCAAAAAAUUAAUUAUCCCCUCUUGUCGACGUCACGUCAGUCAUGCCUCUAGCGGGACAACCUACUCAAAGCUGACCCCACCCAAUUUCCCACCCAUAGUCGAAUUUCCAUUGGUUACUUCCACCCCUUCGACGGCUAUGUAGAUUUUUUACUGGGCCGUACCUUACGUCGCUCACGCCCAACAUUCCUUUCCCCUACGGUAAGUAGAGCGGAUAAGGGCGCAGGACCCGCCUACUACAGAAUUGUAUUGGGCCACAGUAUGAGUGCGCCGGCUCCGAUUGGAAGAUUUCAGUUACUGCUCGAUCCCCCUUCGCCGUGACGAGGUCAAGAUUGGUUGCGUUGUUUCUAAGUUGAUGUCAGCCCAAACGAAGCCCGAGAAACUCCUCCCGUCUUAAAAUUAUGAGUGACCAGCAGCAGGAUGAAAUGGCCGCGUUGGUGGAAGGCGGUGGAGGGUUUCUUCAAAAGCGAAACUCGAACACGGGACAGGACUCUCAGCAGCCGUCUCCUUUAGCUUUGCUCGCAGCAACCUGUAGUCGGAUUGACACUCCCGGCGAAGGUGAAGGGACAUCUGAUCAGCAGCAGCAAAAUCAGCUUCUAGACAUUAACCAGGCCCAGCUCACUCAGACAGCUAACGGCUGGCAAAUAAUCCCGGUCAGCGUUCAGUCGUCUUCCAGUUCCAACACUGUGACCACCAUGGCAUCCGGACAGGCUGCAGUGCCUGGUGAUGCAGGGAAGAACAGGCAGGCCGUUUCCACUGCGUCAGGGGGCCAGCAAGGGCAGCAGCAGUUUGUGGUGGCUUCUGCUCCGACUCUGCCGGGCCAGCAGGUUCUCACCACGUUGUCUGGGGUGGUGCCCAACAUUCAGUACCAGGUUAUCCCACAAUUCCAGACAGUAGAGGGACAGCAGCUGCAGUUUACCCAGCAGGACAGUUCAGCAACAGCAGCAGCAGGGCAGUUCCAACUGGUGUCUUCACCAGGGGGAGGGCAGCAGCUAAUUGCCACCACCAGCAGGGCUGCAGGAGCUGGAAACAUCUUAGCUAUGCCUGGUCUUAUCCAGCAAGCAAUUCCCCUACAGAACCUGGGAUUGGGCAACAUACAGAACCAGGCCCAGUUCCUUGCCAAUAUGCCUGUUUCAAUUAAUGGGAAUAUCACUCUGUUACCUGUGGCGACAGGAACAACUGGUGGAGGUGGUGGGGAUGCAGCAGGAGUUGGAUCUGGUUCCUCCCAGCAGCUUUUGCAGCAACCAGCAUCUUCUGCUGGUGGUACAGGUUUCUACACCAACACCAUCACUACCACCACCACUUCUCAAGCAGCUACCUCUUAUGGAGGUGGAACACAGGCUCAGAGCAGCAGUGGAGUUGGGGGAAAUGGAUUCCAGAGUUCUGGAGGUGGAGCCUCAGGCCAGUCAGAUAAUAGAGAUGGCCAGAAUCAGCAGCCACAACAAAUUGUCAUCCAGCCUCAACAACUCCUCCAAAGUGGCCAUUCCUUGCAGACCAUUCAGACAGGUGCUAUUUCCACUGGUGGCCAAGUUAUUGCAGCGCAGACUCUGUCUCAGGAUGCCCUGCAAAACCUGCAAAUCCAAGCCAUUCCUAACACCAGCCCCAUUCUCGUGCGUACCCUGGGCCCCAAUGGUCAAGUCAGCUGGCAAACACUGCAGCUGCAAAGCCCAGCUGGGGCUCAGAUUACUCUAGCUCCUGUGCAGUCGUUGCAGCCACUUCCGCAGUUGGCCCAAGCGCAGGCAGGUAGUGCAGGAGGAGUAUCAGUAAAUCCUGUGCAGCUGCCUGGCCUACAGACCAUCAAUCUAAACACACUGGGGAAUACAGGACUGCAGAUGCACCAGUUGCAAGGAGUCCCCAUCGCCAUUGCCAACACCGCUGGAGAGCCAGGGAUACAAACUGUCGGAGUGGGUGGAGACAGUCUGGAUGACAACACAGCAUUGGAUGAGGGUGGGGAGACCAGCCCGCAGCCGCCCACCCGACGCACACGAAGGGAGGCCUGCACUUGUCCUUUCUGCAAGGAUGGAGAUGGACGUAGUGAUCCUGGCAAAAAAAAGCAGCACAUAUGCCACAUCCCUGGUUGUGGCAAGGUGUACGGCAAGACAUCACACCUGAGGGCUCACCUGCGCUGGCACACCGGGGAGCGGCCCUUCGUCUGCUCCUGGUCCUUCUGUGGGAAGCGUUUCACACGCUCUGACGAAUUGCAGAGACAUAAGAGGACCCAUACAGGAGAGAAGAAGUUCUCCUGCACAGAGUGUCCUAAGCGUUUUAUGCGGAGCGAUCAUCUGUCCAAGCACAUAAAGACCCACCUGAACAAGAAGGGAGCUGCUACCAAUGCAUCCACUGACACCACUGCAUCAGCCCCUGUUGGUGUUGAUAGUGGGGCUGCAGGGGGUGUACCCUCGGACCAGCAUGGCCUCGUCACCAUGGAAACACUGUCGCCCGAGAGCAUUUCGCGAUUAGCCAGGAGUGGUGUCAACGUCAUGCAAGUGGCAGACCUCCACCCCAUCAACAUCAACAGCAACGGCUACUGAGUCAGAGGGCAGAGGGGGGUGAGAAAACAUAUAAGGGUUAAAAAAGGACUUUGGACUGGGGGUUUGCAUCAGUAUGGGCAAGAGUGGGGGAUUGUGGAGAGAACCUGGUGAGCUCAGCUUCACUUUGAGCGGUCUUGCGCCACAGGGCUGACAGAAUUACAGUGGGCUGAAGGAAGGAUUCAAGAUUCCAAAAGUGGACAGAUACUUUCCUUCCCCCCUUCUGAGUCACAAAAGACCCACAAGUGGUAUGGAGGCUGUUGGAGGUCGUGUUUGAAAACCACCCUCCCGGGUCCCCUCUGUCCGCUGUGCACACUACACUUUCUCAUGCCUACACUGCCUUUGAGGCUGGCAGCUCCCUUUCCCUCUCAGGUCACCUCUGCCCUAUUGGACAGGGCACACUCCAGUGUAGUGUUUUGUUCCGUCUCUGUGCUGCUGGGCCUAAUAUCUCCGGGACCCGUUCCGUCAGAUCGGUGGAUGUGGAGCCAGUUCGGGUCAUAAGUGACAACGAUCCCAGGAGCACUAAAUGUUUUUUUGAGUGGAAGGACACUGAAUUUUUGGCAGUUGUUUCGUUUCCCUUUUUAUGGUUGAUGCUAUAGGUACACAUUUAAGCCAUCAUGCUUUGAUAAACUUGUCAUAGCAAAAAUAUUUUUGUUUUUGGAUAGCUUGCUUUUUGUAUAUAAUAUAUAUUUUUUUCUAGAUUUCAAAAUCUACAAUAACUCACCAUAGGAAUGAUCAACUUAUAUGGUUGCCAGAGAUUGCCUUCUGUUGUGUGCCUCAUACAAGAACAAUCUUAAAUCUGUUAUCUUUGUUUUUUUUUUUUUUUUUUUUUUUAAUAUAAAUAGAUUUUGUGUGACCAAGUUUAUAUCAGGACAAGGAUAGAUUUGUCUAAGGCAAUGUAAGUGUCUAAUGCAGUCCAGUUUGGUUCUGUGCACAGUUCUGUAUACCACUGAUGUGACAGCAAUGGAUACAAAUUUUGGACUUGUAACCACUUGUUUGUAAAGGUUCAGAUCCCAGACAGGCAAUUUCAGUUGUACCUUUGAAGAGAUAUUGCCCCUAUUAUUCUUCGGUUAAAUGUCAGUCUGCAUUAAAUGGGAAAAAUUGAGAAUUGUAAGCUGUGUACAUUACUCCAUCCGCAGAUAUGUAGUACAUAAAUUAUUAAUGUCGAAUGUCUGAGGGGGGAAAGUUUAGCCCCUCUAUUUGGACUUCCCUCUAAAGUGUGUUGAAUUCAUUUUGAGUAAAGCUGUGGGGUUCCUUAUUUGACAUGUUAAAUAUUUUUAAUGUUAAAAUUACCACAGUAGCAGUACUACGGUGUAAAAUUUAAGCUCAAACCAAAGGUCUUGUCUCCAGUUGUAAGGUCAGUUGUUGGCACUGAAAGUGAAUACCUAAUCCAUGAUUAGUACUGAUAACAAAACAACAAAGGUAAAAUUGUGUCAUAUUCUUAGAAUCUAAUGAAUUGUCUGAAGUGUGACAACAGUAUGGGGCCUGGCUUUAGUUGUUUCCCACCUUCUGGGGUACUGCAACCAGUUGCUUUCUUUGUAUUAAGUUUUCUCAGAAGAAUUAUAUAAUGUGCUGUAGAAUUUUGUUACAAAUGGAAAAUUGGAUUAAGAGCUGUGCCAUAUUUUAGAUUACCUAUCUGAUUAAAAAGAUCUAACUUGUGGUAAGCUAACUUUUUUAACAUGAUAUAUCUUUUAAUACUCUGUUUUAUUUGAGUCUCAGAAAAGUAUGCAUGAGGUGGGCUACAGAUUGCAAGACAGAAGGAUACUGAUAAACCUUUAGAUUCCAAAGGUUCAUCAGUGCUUUGCAGUUUUCAUUUAAAUUAUGUAACUGUACAUUGAAAAAUCUCAAGUGAUUAUUAUUGGAAGGGCACAGUAUGUUGGUGUAAACUCUUUGAGUUAAUUUUCUUUCCAGAAAACUUCAUUUGGGGCCCUUAAACAUGAAUUUAUAUAAUUUUUCUCUUUUUAUAUAUGAGGGGUUGGUCUAUUUGUGAAUACUAUAACUACACAGGUGGCAACUGUAAGUUAAAUCAUGCAUACAAAGUGUGAUUUUUUUUGUCACUGUUGCUAUGUAAUUGUCUAAAUA